AGGUUGAACAAAAAAGUCAACAAACAUGUCACUCGACGAGCGUUUCAAUGAUGCUGCUGAACGUGUGAAGAAAUUCACGAGCAGACCCACCGAUCAAGAAUUACUGGAAUUGUACGCUUUGUUUAAACAAGCCACAGUUGGAGACAAUAAUACUAGUAAACCAGGUAUGUUUGACCUGAAAGCCAAAGCCAAGUGGCAGUACUGGUCAGAGAAAAAAGGGAUGAGUUCAGAGGCUGCCAAAGAAGCCUAUGUUACAUUAGUAGGAGAAUUGGAGCAGAAGUACAAAUGAUUCUAAUGAAUGAAAAAUA